CGUCCAGCCUCGAGUGGACGCAAAGUCCCAGCCUGGGCCCGAUCUGUACCAACGGGCCGUCUGCGAGUCGUUUCGGCCGCGCCGACUCGACACGAAACAGAGCCUCGGCAGCGCGGUUUUGUUGGUUUGGGGUCAGGGGAGGCGGGGGUCAGAAUGAUAAUUAGGCCGAGUUGGGGAGAUGGCCGAGCAACACGCGUGCCCACCAUCGGCCUCUCGAGGUCCCCUGUGACCUCGGCCGAGCUGCUGUACCAUCGGCCGGGACGACUUUUAUUGCCCUCCUCCGCGUCGGAUGGCCCAGUCGACCGGGCCACCGACAGCCCGUCACGACUCACUCGUUGCUCUCCGCCCUUUGGCCGUUUUUUGCAGUCCAUUAGCGCCACAACCCGUUCGGCCGACACACACACACUCGCUUCUGACGUAAGUGCAACGAUGCCCGAUCGUGAUGACCCUGUCAAGUCAAAGACAAGUCUGUAG